AUGGCCGACGACAACGAAGCGCAGAAUGCCAUCUCCAGCACAUACCCUGCCCCUCCACCAUUUUGGAAGGACUUCACCCCGGACAAUGUUGCACGAAUCGCUGACUUGAGGCAAGAGCAAGCCGAGCGACAGGGAAUCACAGACUCGACCACGGUCCGACUGUCAGGUCUCCCUGAGAACCUCGGGACUCUGCAGCCACCCCCCGAGCCCGAGGACGGCACAUGGCGUGUCUUCGGUCAGAACUACGCGCUCAAGGACGAACUGCCACGCUUGGAAGACGGCACCGGCAUCAGAAAGCUCUUCCCAGACCCAGAGGAGAGAGACCAGGACGGCAAGCACUUUGACAGGGCCACCAUUCUUAAACGCCUGGCCAAGAGCUUGCUCCUGAACUUUCUCGAGCUCACUGGCAUCUUGGCUACCGAUCCCGCCGCCGCGGAGGAGAAGAUCACCGACAUUCGAGACCUGUUCCUCAAUUUCCACCACUUGAUCAACGAGUACCGACCACACCAAGCCCGCGAAUCCCUCAUCUCAACCAUGCAAGCACAGCUCGACCGAACCCGCGCCGAGACGAAUGCCAUACGCCAUGUCAAAGAGAACGUCGAGCGCCUGCUGGAAGGCCUUGGAAGCUUGAAGAUGGACGACGACGACGACGACGCUCCGAAUGGCACCGGGGACGCAAAACAGCCUGUUCCAAACCGUGGCGCUACACUGGACGACGCUCUCGCUAUCGAGUACGCAUGA